UCAGCCUUCUCUGUGGGUUUUGUAUCACGGGUUGUAUAAAACCUUUUCUAUAGGCUCAAAAAAAGUGCAAUUAUGCUGAAAAGAAAGUCUCCAGAAGGCACUGAAGGCAAAGAUUCAGCAAAAGUGAAUAAGCAAGAACCAAAACAGCAUACAAGAAGGUCUGCAAAGAUAUCUGCUAAGCCAGCCCCUCCAAAGCCAGACUGCAAACCGAAGAAACCAGCAGCCAAGAAAGAAGUAGCUGCAGCAAAGGGUAAAAAAGGUGCCAGGGGAAAGAAGGAAGACAAACCAGAAGCGACUCCUGCUAAAAAUGGAGAAACUAAAUCUGAAGAGGCACAGAAGACUGAAGAUGACAAAUGAAACUUCUGCAAUGGGACACUAGUUGAUUUUAUGUACCUCCUGUAAAGUUUUAAAGAAGAAUAUUUUUAUCAUGUAUUUUGUAAAUGCAGUUUUUAACUGUAGCAAAUAGCCUCACAUCUACAGAAACUCAAUGUUGGACAGAACUUGAAGAAAAAAUGUUGUGCUCUUAAUUUAAUAUGCCACUGGAUGGAAAUGUUCACCACUGGACAAAAGAU